AUGAGCACGGCGCUGGGACAAGCGCGAGUGCACGAUCGCGCGCGUGUGUCGCAGGCGACUACCUCACCGCAGAGGAAGUCUGUGUCACAGAGCAAACAUGUAGGAAAAAAGCUGCUACAAACAAGUGUCACAGACGACUUCAGCGUCGUGUCGCAGGCGCUGGGCACGGCGCUGGGACAAGCUCGAGUGCACGGUCGCGCACGGCUUCAGCGUCGUAUCGCAGGCGCUGGGCACGGCGCUGGGACAAGCUCGAGUGCACGGUCGCGCGCGUGUGUUGCAGGCGACUACCUCAUCGCAGAGGAAUUUGUGUCACAGAGCAUAUAUGUAGGAAUAAAGCUGGUACAAACAAGUGUCACAGACGACUUCGCGUCGCAGGCGCUGGGCACGGCGCUGGGCACGGCGCUGGGCACGGCGCUGGGCACGGCGCUGGGACCAGCUCGAGUGCACGGUCGCACGACUUCAGCGUCGUGUGGCGCUGGGCACGGCGCUGGGACAAGCUCGAGCGCACGGUCGCGCGUGUGUGUCGCAGGCGACUACCGCAUCGCGGAGGUGGACCGCGUGGUGCGGCGGCUGCACGCGCAGUACGGGCGCGUGGUGCGGCUGGCCGGGCUGCUGGGGCGGCCCGACAUGGUGUUCCUCUUCCACCCCGACGACAUCGAGCGCGUGUUCCGCUCGGAAGACGCCGCGCCGCACCGCCCCUCCAUGCCGUCGCUCGACUACUACAAGCACGCCAAAGAAACGUUUCCAGGAAAUAUUUCAAUGCACGGGGAGCAGUGGGUGCGCUUCCGCGCGCGCGUGCAGCAGGUGAUGUUGCAGCCGCGCACGGCGCGCCUCUACGCCGCCGCCAUCGGCCACACGGCGGACGCCUUCGUGUGCAGGGCGCGCGAGUUGAAAGACUCCAACCCAGAGCAAGAGGCGCCUCCGGACUUCAUGAACGAGAUUCACAAGUGGUCUCUGGAAUAUCAGUUAAGCCUGUGCUUCCAGCGCAAUGCGAUCGCGCGCGUGGCGCUGGACGCGCGCCUGGGCUGCCUGGACGCCGCGGCGCCGCCGCACACGCAGCGCCUCAUCGACGCCGUCACCGCCUUCUUCUGCCUCGUGGGCGAGCUGGAGCUGAAGGUGCCCGUGCUUGGGGUGACGUCGGAGUACAUCGCGGCGGCGCUGCAGCGGUGGCGCGAGGCGAGCGCGGGGGCGGGGCAGGGGCCGGGGCUGCGCCACGACUCGUCCGUGCUGGAGCGCGUGCUGGCGCAGAACGAGGACCCGCGCGUCGCCUGCGCCCUCGCCCUCGACAUGUUCCUCGUGGGCAUCGACACGUUGACGCCGGUGAAUAAACUCAAAAUGUAUCCUGUGGUGAUCGGGAAUGGUCGCACGGUGACACGUGACACAGUCAUCGCAGGCUACCGAAUACCGAAAGGGGAGCGCUUCUUCCGGGAGGCGGACCGCUUCGCGCCCGAGCGCUGGCUGCGCGCUGGGGAGGCGGGCGACGGGGGCGAGUGCCCCGUGGGGGCGCAGCGCGUGCACCCCUUCGCCUCGCUGCCCUUCGGCUUCGGCCGGCGCAUGUGCCUGGGCCGGCGCUUCGCAGACCUCGAGAUACACACCGUCGUCGCCAAGGAUCCCAAAUUGUAA